AUGGCUUCUUCAAGCUCGCCUCCAUUGCCACCCGUGCCAAGGGCUUCAGCGACUCUUGCAACCGAUGCCAGCACAAGCUCCCGCGCCAUGGCCAGGCUGGCGAACGAGUUUCCCAGUGCGGCAUCCCUGGCUGACCACAAAGUGACUCACGCCAAGCUGGGGCUCGAGAUAAUGGAUAUCAGGGAGGAAAUUGCGAAGUUAAAAGCCGAGCUCAGAAGAGACCAAGACCCAGCCAGAAUGAGCAACAUCCAGAGCCAGAUCGGUCAACUCAUGCUUCAGAUUAAUGUGAUCCAAGAGAAAGCUGCUGAAGCAGAAGCCAUCGUGAAAGGCAUCACCUCGGACAUCCAGCGGUUGGACGUCGCCAAGAGCAAUCUGACCACUGCUAUUCAGAUGCUUGAGCGGUGGGGCAUGCUGAGGCAAUCUCACGAGCAAUUGAGACAUCUCCUACCUACACGGCAGUACAAGAACAUGUCCCAAGCUUUCGCUGCUGUCACACAACUCCUUACCCCCCUCAAGCCCCUCUCAUCUGUCCCCGCUGUUGCUGAAAUAUUCAAAGCCGCCGAAGCAGACCGAAAAACCAUACAGGAAAAGGCCGCUGUUGAGAUGGAUACAUUCUUUCAACAAGACCCAAACAAGGUCGUCGAUAGAAGGAGCAUUGCCGAAGUUUGCUUGCUGAUAGAUGUAUUGGGAGGUGACUUCAGAGAUCACAUCGUGGAACGCUAUCUCCAAAUUCAACUUGCUGAAUAUCGUCGCAUCUUCCGCUCCACCGACGAAGCUGGACAAUUGGACAAUGUCCCGCGCCGCUUUGCCUGGUUCAGACGCGUCCUGAAACAUCACGACGAAGAGGAUUCAAUGCUCUUUCCGGCUUCUUGGCAGGUGACGAGGUUGUUGGUGUCUGCAUUUGCAGAGUGCACGAGGAGUGACUUGUCAAAUUUGCUAGGGAAGCAGAGCCCGGCUGUGAAUGUGCUGCUGGACGCUUUACAAGCGACUUUGGACUUUGAGCAGGCAAUGUCGAGGAAGCUUGAUAUGACGGCAAGUCACAGCUUCUAUGGAAAUAUUGCUAUGCUGAUAGCCGUAUACCUCAAUGUCUACGUGGAAGCCCAAGAUAGAGCCAUAUCCGACAUGCUCUCAGCAUACCGCGGCUCAAACGCUCGCCCAUCCCUCGAGUCUGUCAUUGCCGAAGAACCUGAAACCCCCGUGCCCACCGUCCUUCCCUCCUCCACAGAGCUGUUCUAUUUCUAUGGCCAACAGCUGGACCAGUGCGAAAAGUAUUCGAGAGGAGAAACUAUGAGGAAGCUGUCAGACGUGUUUGUCAAGUGGCUGAACGUGUAUGCCGGGGAGGUACUGCUGGCGGGGAUGAAGUCUGCACCGUCGCGAAAGUCGUUCGAGGGGAGAGAUAGUCUGCAGGAAGUAAAAACGGCUUGUAUGGUGCUGAAUACUGCGGAGUACUGUCAAAAUACAUCGGUCCAACUGGAAGAGAGGUUGAGAUCCAAGAUAUCUCCCGACUUGAGUGAAAGUAUAUCCUUCAAAUCAGCCCGCGAAACAUUCUCCUCCGUCAUCAGCCAAUCCAUUGCCGUCCUCUUGCGGGAACUCGAAUACUCGUGCGAACCUGCUUUCUCUGCAAUAUUGAAAACCCCGUGGAUCCAUUUGGAGAAUGUCAGUGGCCGGUCGGCCUAUGUGGUGGAUCUGGUGGGAAGUAUCAAGAGCGUGGCCGAGGGGGUGAGGGCGCGGAUCGAAGGGAAAAAAUAUAUCAGGAACUUUGCGGAUAAGGCUGUUGGUGUAAUCAUUACGAGAUUCACCCAGGCUGUGAUCAAGAGUGCGCCGCUCAAGAAGAUCGGUGCUGAGCAGAUUCUUCUUGACGUGCAGGCAGUGAAAGCUUGUCUUCUGGAUCUUCCAGAACCACACCCAGAGAACUCUUCCACCAUUUAUAGCUAUACGAAAUAUGUAACCAAGAACACGGGCCAGCUAGAGACGAUGCUAAAGGUCAUCUUGGCCCCCGACGAGGUUCCGGAGGGCUUUGUUCAAAAUUAUUGCCUUCUCAUUGGCGACCGCUCGUUCACCAACUUUCAGAAAAUUCUCGACCUCAAAGGCACUGCCCGCACCGACCAGCAACGCUUGCUUGACAUAUUUCUUUCCGUCACAUCCACCAACUCUGACCUCACGGACACUUCUUUCCUCACUCAUAUCGACAUGGACCCACCUGCGAGCAGCGAGGCCGCGAGGGGCUUUACGUCGCCGUCGGCAAGCUCGACGGGGCUGUUCUCGCCGACGACAGGGCCCGGAGGGAUGGGGGGCUUGCCAGGCUUACUGAGAAGUGGGAGCGCGGAGGGAGGGGAGCGGACGGAAACUCCCAAGGCGUUUGGGGAUUUCAGGCGACUGGUGAACUUUGCCACGAGGAGGGAUAACAGUGCUAUAAACGUCCCACAUUGA